GUAUUUCAAAGUCAGAAGGACAGUCUCCUUCCUUGUGCUUAUUUCUUCCACAUUGUUUAUUUUCUCCUUUUCAUUUUUCCUCAAAGUGCGGCUGUUAACAUGUCCAUUAGAAGAACUCAGAUAGGAGGCUUCAGUAGCAUGUCUGCUGGUGGUCCCCUUAGGACUGUGCAACGUGCCGUAAUAGGAUCAGGUGGAGGAAUAGGAGGAGGAGGUGGUGGAGGGAUCACAAGCAGCACUGCUAGCUAUAGUUACAGUAGCAGAGGAGGUGGAGAUUCUUCUCUGUUUGGGAAGUUUGGUGGUAUAUAUGGUAGCACUCCAGGAGGAUUCCAAUCAAGUGCUGCAUUCAGUGGAGGGCUAGGUGGAGGAGCUGGUGGUGGUGGAGGUGGUGGAUUUGGUGGUAGUAGUGCAUCAUUUGGUGGCUUUGGUGGUUUCAGUGGUGGUGGUGGUGGUGGUGGUGGUGGUGGCGGCUUUCCACUGAUCACUAAUGUGAGUAUUAAUAAAAGCCUGUUGGCACCCCUGAACCUGGAAGUUGAUCCAAGGAUUGGUGAGCUCAGAACUCAAGAAAAGGAGGAGAUCAAAACUCUCAACAACAAGUUUGCAGGUUUCAUUAACAAGGUUCGUUCCUUGGAACAGACAAAUGCAGUACUGAGAACUAAAUGGGAGUUGCUGCAGCAGCAAUGUUCUGGAGGAUCAGGGACGGGAGGUAGGAACGAUCUUACUCCUGUCUACCAAGCUUAUAUCAGCAACAUGAAAAGAAAUAUUGAUACCUUGAUGAGCGAUAAGGGCAGACUGGAAAAUGAGCUUCAGAACAUGCAGGGAUGUGUUGAAGAUUUCAAGUCCAAAUAUGAAGAAGAAAUAAAUCUACGAACUAAUGCAGAGAAUGAGUUUGUGAAACUGAAAAAGGAUGUCGAUGCUGCAUUCAUGGAUAAAGUAAGAUUAGAAGCUCAAGCUGACAGUCUCCGUGAUGAACUUGAGUUCCGUAAGACUCUUUGUGCACAGGAACUGCAAGUUGUACAGAGCAGUGUUGAAGACAUCAAUGCCAUUAUUCAGAUGAACAACAACCGGGAAUUGGACAUGAAAGACAUGAUUGCCAAUUACAAAGCUCAGCUUGAUGUCAUAACGCAAAACAACAGAGCAGACAUCGAUAACCAGUUUAAGCAAAAGUGUGGUAACCUGGAAACUGGCAUUGCUUCAGCUGAAGAACGUGGAGAGAUUGCUGUUCAGGAUGCCAGAGCGAAGCUUGCAGAUAUGGAAGCUGCUCUGCAGAAGGCCAAGCAAGACUUGGCAAACAUGCUGCGUCAGUACCAGGAACUAAUGAAUGUGAAGCUGGGUCUCGAUAUAGAAAUAGCUACCUACAUGAAACUACUGACUGGAGAGGAGGGCAGGAUGGAUGGAACAUGCUUGCCGGAGGCUAAAGUACUCAUUCAGUCAUCAACCAGCACAGUGAGCAGUGGAGGAGGAUUUGGAAGUGGAAUAGGAUUUGGAAUUGGAGGAGGAGGAGGAAUAGGAGGAGGAGGAGGAGGAAUUGGAGGAGGAGGAGGAAUGGGUGGCUUUGGUUCAGCUUCUGGAAGAUCUGGCAGUGGUGGAGCUGGGCGGGUCAGUCUCAGUACUGGAGGAGGGAGCUCAUCAGUACGACAGAGCUCAACAAGAACAGUUCAAGCAACCAGAUACUAAGAAUUAAACCCAGGUGCCUAGGAAAUACCCAUGCAUGGCACUAACAUGUCUGCUCUAUAAUCCUUACCAUACAACUGGCUAUUGUUUUGAGGAAUAUUGCAUAAUAUGCAUUAGCCAAGACAUUAGGUAAAAAGGAAGAAAAGGCCAUAUUAAUUCACUUACACAGUUGUAUUUGCAAAUAUACAAGGUAAAUAUAAUAUUAUCUGGAAUAUGAGAUAAAAUUGGUAGUUGCAUCAGUAACACUGUUACAAUAUUUGGUUUAGUUGCAUUUUUCCCUCUUUGCACUCCACUUAGUAAGAUGAGUUGACAUUCCCGUUUACUUAUUAGCAGAAAGUAGGGCUAUAAAUGAGUAGGAUAAUAUAUUACAGAAAGUAUGCACUGCCAUGGCAUUAUGAGAUAUAAUUCACUAAAAUUACACCAGCAUUGUUAUAGAGUUCUUAAUGAUCUUUACAGCAGAUGUGCAAACUAAAUCCAUCAGUGAAUUUACUAACUAGUCAGGAAAGCCUGGGAGUUUUGAAACUGUGAGCCAGUAUUUUAGCAGCUACUUCUACUGAAAUACAAGCUUGCAGGUUUCACAUUUCCCAUGUAGUUCAUGCUCUUUCUCUCUACAUAUCAUCUUAUGACUUUAUAAUAAUAAUGUACUGCUGGGUAAAAUUAGCAUCUCCCUUUUAUUUUGUUUUUAAAGUGAAGUUAACAGAGACAAUAGCAGCAGAAUAGGUAGAGCACUUAUUAUUCAUUAGGUAUCUUUCAUGUUACAGUAACAGUCAUACCGACUCUAUAGAGUAAAUGGUAUGUUCUGUAUAUAGUGGGUUAUUCCAUACCUAGUGUCAGAAAUUUCUAAAAUGUACAUUUUUCAAACUGCCGGGAUGAUCAUGUUUCUCUGCUUGCAUCACUAGGAAGAGGUUUUAUUAUUAUUUUUUUUUAUUAAAUAUGGUCAGAAAAUGAGUACUGCAAAAUAGAUCACCAUUUCUAGAAUCAUAAAUGGUCCUUUUGUAAUUAAGUACACCAUUUCACAAACAAGUCAUACUAUUCUGUGUUCUUACUCCUUAAAAAAUCAGCAGUAUGUUGUUGCAGAAACGUAUGUAUAAGUAGUAUUCUUCCAUGUAAUUUUAUAACAAGGAAAACAAACCAAAAGUCCACAAAGGUCUGAUGAAGUUCAUUGUAUGAAAAUGAAUGAAAGCACUAAAUAAAAGUUAUGGAAAUGGUUGAAUAUAAUGGCAUAUGAAGGUUUUUUGGUGGUUGGCAGACUCCCUUCUAAGUAAUGUAAUGUUUUGUGGAUUUUUGGUAUUUUUCCAUGGUUGUUAUUUCACAGUAUGGAAACAAUGCUUAACUAUUAACAGAGCUGAGUACUGUUUUCUUUAAAGGUGAAUUUAUAUGUCCUUACUGCAGUAUUUCGUUUAGCUGUAUUUUAUUUGUCUAUUAAAGAAAGCUGCAGAGAGGAACAAAACUACCUGUGGUUCUAUUGCUUUGUUUUAUUUCUUCACAAUAAAGUUUACUUUACACUA